UUACAAAACUGUGGUGAGACCAGCCAUGUUGUUUGGUCUGGAGACAGUGUCCCUGAGGAAAAGACAGGAGGCAGAGCUGGAGGUAGCAGAAGUGAAGAUGCUGAGGUUCUCUUUGGGAGUGACCAGGAUGGAUAGGAUCAGGAAUGAGUACAUCAGAGGGACAGCACAUGUUAGAGGCUUUGGAGAUAAAGUCAGAGAGGCCAGACUGAGAUGGUUCAGACAUGUCCAGAGGAGAGAGAGUGAAUAUAUUGGUAGAAGGAUGCUGAGUUUCCCACUGCCAGGCAGGAGGCCUAGAGGAAGACCAAAGAGGAGGUUUAUGGAUGUGGUUAAAGAGGACAUGAAGGUAGUUGGUGUGAGAGAAGAGGAUGCAGCAGACAGGGUUAGAUGGAGGCAAUUGAUUCACUGUGGAGACCCCUGAAGGGAAAAGCUGAAAAGAAGAAGAAGAAGCAUGUGUAGUGGUUGUGUCCUCUCUCUUGCAUUGUGUAGAUAAUCAGACUGGGAGCAUCCUCCCUAUUGGCUUCAAAUCCGCCGUUUAUUUGCAGGAGCUGGUAAAACACUGAUAUUACUCUGACAGUCGUGCACGUGGUAACCUCCAGAUAAUGCUAGAAACACAAAACAAUUUAUUCAGCACGGAGGUUAAACUUAAUUAGCAUUUUGCUAGCGGAGCUUAAACUGGUCAUCUUACCACGGCAACCGGACACAGCAGACUGAGACCGUAAUGUGGGGAACACACCCCAAGUCUGCAGGGCACAGAUAUGAAGAGUAGAUACGGCAGACUCUUUGGAUGUUGACCCAGAGCCAGCUGCGAGCAUGCCGGUUGUGUGAGAAACCGUAAUGCACCUAACUCGGUAAACUGACAUUUGCCUUACCUCGAAAGGGCUUUAAUAAGCUGCAAAGACUUUACUGAGAAGGACUGAAAGACCAAAAGAAACUUUUAAAGAGGUUUAAAACCAAGAAAUGGAGCCGCUGUGCUGAUUGGGCUAAACGAACGCACCUGUGUGGGUGAUCCUGAACGCCGCACUUUGGCGACACAAGCCUCAUUUGGACUUUAUUUUCUGUUUUUGGAUAAUUAUGAGUAAUAUUCAGGAUAUACACUCUUAUGCGAGAAAAGUUAUGGACGAACAAUUGGAAAAAAUGGACGAGGAGCUCAAGAAAACUUUAACUACAGAUGCUUCAGGCACUGCCAUCCAACCUAACAGGCCAUCUAAAGAAUGAAAAACUUUAGCCAGCGUGGAGGACGAUGACGGGCACGUCACCAACGCCCUCAUUUCUGCUGCAAUUGAACGAAUUGAACGGCUGCAGAUGGAAACGCUUGAAGGCCCUCAUUCGGUGGAAAACGUAAGAUCACAUUAAGUAUAGAAACUAUGACACACAUGUAAACACAAUGCUGUAUACACUAAAGCUUUUCUUGGUUCUUUACUAAAAUACUGAAUAGAUAUUACUAACUACACAGAGCAACAUUUUGGUUUAGCCCUGUGGCUUAACACUGAGAGGGUGCAGCUUUAUCUUUUAUCUCGACCUAAGAGAGGAUCCAGAUUCUGUUUGUUUGUUCUGUUUGUGUUUUUAAGUCCUUAGUCCAGUCAUGUCUAUUUCUGUUUUGUCCAUAAAUUCGAGGAGGAUUAGAAAUGAUUUAAAAAGGAAAGUGGUGUUUUUGUUUUGUCAGGGAAACCAGCAGAUUUUUACUUCAUCCAAGAAACGCAUGCCGAAAAGCCAGACAGUUUAUUCUGGAAAAAUCAAUGGAGGAAAGACAUCUGGUUUUCAUUUGGUACAAACAAGUCAGCAGGGGGCGCUGUCCUAAAAGGAAACUUGAAAGGCCAAAUUAUUAAACAGCUUUCAGAUGAUAAGGGACGGUGGAUUAUGUUGUUACUAAACACAGAUCACUCACAAUUUAUUUUGGUAAACAUCUAUGCAACCAGUAAUAAAAAAGAAAAUGUUCACUUAUUUCUGGCUACAGAAGAUGCAAUCAAUGGACGGUUGUCAACAUUUCCUUUAGCUAAGAUUAUCUGGGGUGGGGAUUUUAAUACAGUUAUGAAAGAUGGAACUGAUAGACUCCCGAUCAAAAAUAAAGGAGCAAUGAAUGAGUUAGAUAACUUCUGUAACAGGUUAAAGUUAACUGACAUCUGGAGGCAUAAACAUCCAGAUGAUAAAAGGUAUACAUGGAGUAAUAAAGAUAAAUCCUUACAGCCUCGUACUGACUUCUGGCUGCUCUCAGCCGGCAUAACUGAUAAUGUAGAGAGAACAGAGAUUAAACCCACUAUUUUCACAGACCAUAAAGCAAUUUCAAUUAGGAUAAACCUGUCUAAAAGACCACAAAUUAACACAGACUACUGGAAAUUAAACAAAACACUAAUUCAAACUAUGACUUUCAAAACCAAAUAAAAAGCUCAUUGAGAAGAACUGGAGACAAGCAAUGAUUACCAGCCUGUAUGGAAAUAAAAAUAAAAUACGAAACAAGAAGAUUUUCUUUAGCAUUGGACAUAAAAAUGUCUAAAACAACAAGAGAAAAAGAACUCCAUGUUGUUACAAAGAUGAUGAACUUAACUGAAAAAGAAAACCCGUCUGAGGAUGAAGCCAGAGAACUUGUUUCACUUCAAUCUGCAUUGGGUUUAAUUUAUGAAGAAACAACCAACAUAUACAGAAACAACACAACAUGUACAGAAACAACACAUACAGCACAGAAACAACACAACAUGUACAGAAACAACACAACAUGUACAGCACAGAAACAACACAACAUGUACAGCACAGAAACAACACAACAUGUACAGAAACAACCAACAUAUACAGAAACAACACAACACAUACAGAAACAACACAACAUAUACAGAAACAACACAACACAUACAGCACAGAAACAACACAACAUGUACAGAAACAACACAACAUGUACAGAAACAACACAACAUGUACAGAAACAACAUAUACAGCACAGAAACAACACAACAUGUACAGAAACAACACAACAUGUACAGCACAGAAACAACACAACAUGUACAGCACAGAAACAACACAACAUGUACAGAAACAACCAACAUAUACAGAAACAACACAACACAUACAGAAACAACACAACAUAUACAGAAACAACACAACACAUACAGCACAGAAACAACACAACAUAUACAGAAACAACACAACACAUACAGAAACAACACAACACAUACAGCACAGAAACAACACAACACAUACAGAAACAACACAACAAAGACAGAAACAACACAACACAUACAGAAACAACACAACACAUACAGCACAGAAACAACACAACACAUACAGAAACAACACAACAUAUACAGCACAGAAACAACACAACACAUACAGAAACAACACAACACAUACAGCACAGAAACAACACAACACAUACAGCACAGAAACAACACAACACAUACAGCACAGAAACAACACAACACAUACAGCACAGAAAUGUCUCCAACAUCCACAUGGACCUUAACCUUCCUGUUGUAAAGGUCAGCUUGCUUCUGCUGCUGUUUUGUGGCAGAGAUCUGAGCAACUUUCAGAGCCUGGGCCAAACCGCGCCUAAGGCACUGCACAUAGGCGUCAUAGUCCACCAUGCGGUCAUCUAGAAGAACUGACCCAAACAUCAAGUCAACAGACAGCCUAGGAGUUUAAAGAAUUUUAAAAUCAAUAUGGAGGUGCAUGGGGAGCCAGUAGAGGGAUUGGAGGAUGGGAGUUACACGAUUGAAUUUUUGUGAUCCGUUAAAAGGUGAGCAGCAGCGUUCUGAACUAGCUGCAGUCUCGACAGUGAGAUUUUGCUGAGUCCUGAGUAAAGUGCACUAGGUAAAGCACCUACUCCAGUACAGCGUCCGUCUCUGGCCUUGAUGCCCCGCCUCAUCAUGUACCCCCUUCAGAACGCUCUCUUUCAGUGCAAAGGGCACAACAUACCGGUACAUCUUUCUCCCUGUAACGGCGUCCUUUGUAGCACACCUGAUCUGACUGUGAGCUUUUCCCAAUGCCUUACGAUGUGCAAAGCAUCAGCUGGUUCAUGUGUACGUUCACGUCUAGACGGGCGCCUCCGACGCUCCACAAACUGAAGCACAUGGCUCAAACACGGAUCAACACGCUGCAUUGCCAUCAAUUUAUCCCUCGGCAGGGGACGAACCUCAGACAGCUCAGAAGGUUGGAUGGGUUUAACAAGCUGAGACAGGAGGAAGACUUGGGGUAGCAGGUGCUCUUGGUCCAAAGACCGAACCACAACUGCAGACACCAUCUGCUGCAAGAUGCACGAAUCCACAGCCUGUGACCCAACAUUUUUGGACGCCACAGUUGCUUGAUGAUGCGUCUGUAGCAUUGCUUGAGGAUCACAGGAAUGGUGAAAAACAUCCUGCACACAGAGUCCAGAGCGUUCGCUGCCUCCAUGAGCGCACCAUAAGGGACAUUUGUGAGAUGAUGGAGCAUGCUUGGAUGCGCAAAAGGCUCAUGACUGAGAGCAUCCGCGACUACAUCCUUAGGGUCUGGAAUGUACUUGAUGUC